UAAAUCCUAAAAAAAUAAUUAUAAUAAAAUUUCAAACUUAAUUACCCCAAGAGUAAUGUGAAAAUGGAACCAGGAAAAGCUUAUAUUAUCGAGAACCAACCAAUAGUGAUAGAUCCCAGCGUUCAAGUACAGGGCCGAGUUGUUCUUCAUUCUACGAAAACAACUAAUGUGGGAUCUGGUUGGAUAGAUUUAGGUUUGGGCUACUAUGUGAGCCUUCCUGAGCAAAAGGAGACAUCAGAAAAGGGGGACACAGACAACUCGCCAAAAAAGUCGAAGCCCUCGGAACCAGAAGAAGAAGAGAUGCAAACGCUGGAACCUUUAAUGUAUUUUGUGGAAACUCGCGAUCUAGACGAACCAACUUGCAUCAGCUUGAAAAUUAAACUGCAACCCGAUGCACCUAAUAAAAGUCAGCUAGAAACGAUAGAAGACUUCAUUCAUAGGUGCAACUUUUGUGUCAGUCGUUUUUCUGUGAUGGGCCAAUUGAGGAACCAUUUAUCGCGUCAUGCUAAAACGGAUUGUGGUCGCUGCAGCGAGAAAUUUCACAACCACUACGAGAGAGAUUGGCAUCUGCGUCGAUCCCAUGAUGAGGACCCAAAUUUUGAACAAAAAAUUGGUGUACACUACUUUUGCCGAUGCUGCCAGUUAAGUUUUCCGACAAAAGAGGAAAUCUUUGCACAUUUGGGAAAGUGUCAUCAAGUAUACGUUGAACGAGAGCUGAAGAAACAACGCGACCCUUCGAGUCCUCAGUACUCCACGGUGGCAGUUCGCGACAGGGAUGCUGACUCGAUCCGUUGCGUAUAUUGCAACCAAAGUUUUAAAACAUCCGACUCGCUGGCCGAGCAUUUUCGAACCAAACAUAUGAAUAGUAUUUCCGAAUGUUGCUACUGUUCGGAGACCUUCAACAGGCCCGGUAUACUACGCAAGCAUCAGAAGGAUGUGCACGGGGUAGUAUCGAACCACAAGACGCCAACCCGCGGUAAACCGCCGUAUUAGGAUUUCUCGCUAAAAUGUUAUGUAAAUAUUUUGAAUUGAUACUUUUGAUG